GUCAAGCGCGGCCUUUGAUUGGCGCAUAAAAGCGUAAGAUGCUAUGACUGUCAUGAUUGGACAGAUGAAGAUGAGGAUGAACAUUCCUGUGAGGAUGAGCACAUUCCUCAUCAUAUGCAGCGGCCUGUGCCUCGCCGGAGCCUCAGAAACAGAGCAGCGGCUCCAUCAGAAGCUCUUUGAUAACUACAACUUGAAAGUCAGGCCGGCUCGUUACUGGGAGGAGAAGGUGAUGGUGCGGGUGGGGAUGACCCUCUCUCAGCUUGUCAGCUUGAACGAGAAGAACGAAGAGAUGACGACCAACGUGUUCAUGAAUCUGGCGUGGUCAGACUACAGGUUGUCGUGGAACCCACAGGAAUAUGACAACAUUGAUGUUCUGAGGAUUCCUCCCAACAAGGUUUGGCGUCCUGACAUCUACCUCAUAAACAACAAUGACGGUCAGUUUGAUGUGGCCCUCUACGUCAACGUCUUGGUUUACAGUGACGGGACAGUCAACUGGCUUCCCCCGGCCAUCUACCGCAGCUCCUGCUCUAUAGAGGUGUCCUAUUUCCCAUUUGACUGGCAGAACUGCAGCAUGGUUUUCCGCUCGUACACCUACGAUGCCUCCGAGGUGGACCUGCAGUACUUCCUGGAUGACGACGGCAAAGAGAUUCAAGAGAUUGUCAUAGACGAGAACGCGUUCACCGAAAACGGAGAAUGGGCCAUCUGUCACAAACCCUCCAGAAAGAAUGUCAAGGAGGACCUGUACGAGGACAUCACCUUCUACCUCAUCAUAGAGAGGAAGCCCCUCUUCUACAUCAUCAACAUCAUCGUGCCCUGCAUCCUCACCAGCGUGUUGGCUAUAUUUGUCUUCUACCUGCCUCCUGGCGCAGGAGAGAAGAUGACUCUCUCCAUUUCCGUCCUCAUCGCCCUGACUGUCUUCAUGCUUCUGCUGGCCGACAAGGUCCCCGAGACGUCCCUCGGCAUCCCAAUUAUCGUCAACUACGUCAUGUUCACCAUGAUCCUGGUCACUUUCUCUGUCAUCCUCAGCGUGGUCGUCCUCAAUCUGCACCACCGAACGCCCAGCACGCACAUCAUGCCAAACUGGGUUCGAAGGGUGUUCAUUCACUUCCUGCCCAAGUACAUCGGCAUGAUGAGGCCGAACCCAGAGGAGCCUCUGUUGAAGGAGGAGUCUGGUGACGAUACGCCCCUCCGAAUCUUCAACGGCAGGCAGCCUGGAGGAGAGUACUUCUUUCGCAAGAUCAACCCCGAUCUCGUUAUACCCUGGAGAGGCAGGUGUGAGAGCACAGUGCAGCUCCAGCGACUCCCGGACACUGACAGCUACUGUCUGAUCCUCCCCCCCAACCUGAAGUCGGCCAUCGCCGCCGUGACAUACAUGGCCGAGCAGCUGAAGAAGCAGGACACGGACGACACGAUGACAGGAGACUGGCAGUUCAUCGCCCUGGUGGUGGACCGUCUCUUCCUCUGGUUGUUUGUCAUCAUCACCACCCUGGGCACGCUGGCCAUGUUUCUGGAUGCCAGCUUCAACUACACACCCGAUGACCCUUUCCCGUAG